GUUUUAGGACCUGCCCCAAAAUGGUGUUCCUUCUUGGACAACUUGACUGAAGAAUUGGAAGAGAAUCCGGAGAGCACAGUUUAUGAUGAUUACAAAUUUGUUACCAGAAAAGACCUUGAAAAUUUAGGCCUUGCUCAUCUCAUUGGAUCAUCAUUGCUCAGAGCAUACAUGCAUGGCUUUUUCAUGGACAUAAGACUUUAUCAUAAGGCAAAAAUGAUGGCCAACCCCUUUGCCUAUGAGGAAUACAGAAGAGAGAAAAUACGGCAGAAGAUAGAAGAAACUCGUGCACAGAGAGUUCAACUAAAGAAACUUCCGAAAGUCAAUAAAGAGCUUGCUCUCAAACUGAUUGAAGAAGAAGGAGAAGAGCAACAGGUUGCCAGAAAAAGGAAACAGAAGAAUCUGCCUAGCCUUCUCAAAGAUGAUCGGUUUAAGGUCAUGUUUGAGAAUCCAGAUUUCCAGGUGGAUGAGCAGAGUGAAGAAUUCAGGCUACUUAAUCCACUUGUUUCUAAAAUAAGUGAGAAAAGAAAGAGGAAACUAAAGGUCUUGGAGGAGCUGGAAGCACAAGAACAGGAAGGGGAGGAAGAACCAGAAGGAAAAGCAAGUGAUGCAGAAAGUUCUGAGAGUUCAGAUGAUGAAAAAGGCUGGGUUGAAGAGGUCAGGAAACAGCGCAAGCUCCUGCGCCAAGAGGAAAAAGUAAAGCGGCAGGAAAGGUUCAAGGAGGAUCAGCAAACAUUACUGAAACCUCAGUUUUUUGAGAUUAAAGAAGGAGAGGAGUUCAGAAGCUUCAAAGACUCUGCCAAAAAACAAAAAUUAAUGAAGAAAACUCUUGGAGAUCGUUUAAAGCUUGAAGAAAAGCUUGGCACGCUCAAUGUGUCUGAUACCACAGUAGGCAGCAAACAGGCAACAUUCAGAUUAAAGAAGUCGGAGCAGCAAAAGAAGCAGCAGGAAGCUGAGAGACAACAUCGUCAAGAGAGGAAAACCCUUAGGCGUUCUGCUAGUCAUCUCAAGAGCAAGCGUGGAAGAGGACGACUGUUUCGUUGAUUUAUUUUGUUAUUUUCCUAAGAUACUUACCUCAUUUUUCAUCUGAAAAAGGGACUUUCUCAAAUUGGGACAUAUUACCAAUAUAUUUGUAUUCUGAUUCAUUGAUGAGCACAAAAAGCAGAACUUGCUAAACCCUGUGUAAAUUACUGAAAGUUUAUGAAAGUAGAAGUAUUGACCAAAGGACACUGCAAGUAUGGUGUGUUAUAAACUCCAGUGUGAUCUGUAUUUGUGCAGAAAUCACCAGCAACUGGUUAUUGUGUAACCCUGGAUGUUUCCUAUAUAAGAACUUUUAUAUACAACAAGGCUACCUGUCUUUUAUUUAAGAGCUGUGAGGUUUUGCUUUC